UGCACCCUGUAAAUGAUGACGAAUCACACGUAAGAUCUUCGAUUCAAUCUGUUAUUAACGGGUCAAAAUGAAUGAUUUUGUAAAUAUACAUUUUUAAAUAUACAAGAGCCUUAAUUUAUACUACGCAUCACAUCUCAUCGAGCUGAGCUGCAGCUGGGGAGCUGAGAGUGAGAUGAUGUCGCAAACAUCGAGGCAUUUCUUUGAGGAUUUCCCACCUCCCAACAAUUUUGAACAUACCACCAGUAAAGUUGAAAGUUUUGUAAAGCAACAUCAAACUGGCUGCAAAAAUGUGGUCCUCAUUACGUCUGGAGGGACCGCUGUACCAAUGGAAAGCAGAACCGUGAGAUUCAUUGAUAACUUCAGCACUGGUACCAGAGGUGCUGCAUCCACAGAAUACUUUCUAGCAGCAGGGUAUGCUGUCAUCUUCCUGCAUCGGGCAAAGUCAGCCAAGCCCUUUGUCAGGCAUUUCCCAGAAGAGAAACUCCUUGAUCUUUUUGUAAUGCCAGAUGAGACCAAGUCAAGUUCAAGUGCAAUAACAGUAAAACCAAAUGAGUCCACUAGACUUGCCAGGGUGCUACGAGCCUACCAUUCAGCAUCCUCCUCCAACAGUCUUCUCUCCAUCCCAUUCUUCUCUCUUCAAGACUACCUCUACUUCCUGAAAAGCAUCUCCGACGUCUUGGGUCAGUUGGAACAGAAGAGCAUGUUCCUCCUGGCAGCAGCGGUCUCAGACUUCUACAUACCCAGGGCUGAAAUGCCUGAACACAAGAUGCAGUCAUCAGAGGGUCCUCCAGAGGUCAAACUAAGCUCUGUUCCUAAGAUGCUUCCAGUUCUUAUCCACCAGUGGGCUCCAGAAGCCUUCAUCGUCUCUUUCAAGCUGGAGACGGAUCCCAAACUUCUGCUCCUCAAAUCCAGAAAGGCUCUUGAUACAUACCAGCAUCAGGUAGUAGUUGCCAACAUUCUGGAGGAGAGACGGAGGAAGGUCACCGUUAUCACUUCAGACUCGGAAACUGAGCUGGAACUCUCUGGAGAACAGAUGAAGGAUGGCAAGGAGCUGGAAGAGGUUUUAGUCCAAGAUCUGGUGGCCAAACAUGGAGCUUUCAUUCAAAGUGCUCAAGGAAGGUGAUGAUGAUACUGGUGAUGAUGUUCUCUAUGAGUAGGGAGGAGAUGAUGAGGAGGAUGAUGAUGAGGAGGAUGAUGAUGAGGAGAAGGAAUACUGAGACUGAAAUUCAGUUUGGGAAUGUCGAUAUGAGUGGCCCACUCAACCUAUAAGAUACAUCAACGGGUGCCCUUGAAUGAGAAGUCGGUCAUCUCUCAAUUUAAAAUAUCAAGUGGCCCAUGGGAAAUACUCCCAAAACUCUCAAAGCUCCCCAUGGUGUCAGUCUACCCCUGAUGAUAGAGGUGGAAAAUGAUGGUAAUGCAAGCAUGGAAGUUCUCCUCAGAGUUCUCUUCCAUCUGUUAUUCUUUCUUAAACCUACAUUCCUUAUCCAUUUUUUAGUCAUCCAUUCAUUGUAUUUACCAUCUAAGCAGGUAUACCUACAAAACAUGACUAGAAUUAUCAUAUUUACUCCUACAUUUUCAUAAUGAUUUAUAGCCUUUUAAUGCUUUGAAGUUACUAUCCAUUUUUUUACAUAUGCAUUUAAAUUGGGAAACAACACAUUUAGCAUAUAACGUGUGAGUCAAAAAAAAGUUUACACCUAGAAAAUUGCUAAUUAUUUUUAAAAUCGUAUACGAACAGUAAAUUAUUAUACAUCUUAUGAAAGAGUGUGUUAUCCCAAAGCAUUUGGUAUCACUUUUGUGUGGUAUGUGUUUACGCUUGGAUGAACAGGAACAACAUGAACAACUUUUUUUUUGACUCACACUGUAUAUGAAUGUUCUGAAGUUACUAUUUAAUUUGAUUACACAAAGAUUUUGAUUUGGAAACACAUUUGCAAUAUGUUUUAUCGAAGCUUCCUUAGAUUUUAAUCAUUUUUAGUGGGUACAUCCAUAUGUGAUUCAAAAUCAAACUUGAGGCCUACCCUCUGAAAAACAGCCAAUUUCAUAUCAAUAAUUCACCUCUAAUGUAUCCACAUUGUGAAAAACUAAACUCUUCAGGGUUAUUUUGUGUUUAUAGAUUUCAAUUAAGUUGAGAGACAUUAUUAAUGAGAAAUGUUGUCUGAAGUGUUUCUAUACCCAUGAUUAUAAUUGUUAGUCACAUUCAUUGUGUAAAACAUAGCCUUGUGUUAGAAUAUGACAGGAUUUAUUGGAGCAUUGAUUUUUAAGACAUUUGGCAACCAUACAAGUUUUAAAGUUGGAAGAACUCCAUAUCAACAAGUUUUCCAUGAUAGGCCUCCAAUUAGUCACUUGUCCGUUAGGAGGUGCAGUGUUUGAUAAUCACAUGCUCAUCACAUGAUUGUGCUUAUGGAACCAGAGGUGAGAGAUGCUUACUUUGGGAAAUACAUGUAGUAUACAAUAUACAUCAAUGUAUUUGACCAUAAGACUAUUUGAUUCCUUGACCGGAGAGCACAUCUGCACAGGUAUGACAAAAUCUUUAAUAAGCAAGAAAGAAUAAAAAGGGGUGGGGCUUACAUGUAUGUGUAAAAAUGAGGCGCACUUUUGUUGGGUAAAUGUAUUAAAGGGUUUGUAAUUGUAAUUGUUGACCUAGUUUAUUGUUAGAAUUAUAUGCAGUUAUAGAAUGAAUAUUGAUAUAUCAGUUCCUCUGUAUUUGUUCUUGUGAACAGUUGGCAAAAUAUAUUUUUUAAUUAAAAUUGCCUUUGGUAUUCCAUGUCCAAUAUGGUAAAUUUACCCCUUUACUAUUUUGAUCUUAUACGUCUGACUGGUAUUUCUUACAUAACUGAUAGGAAGUGACAAAGUGA